AUGGCGGGCCAGUCGUUUGAGCGGAAUCUCAUCAACGAGAGCAAAGUGCAUUUCGGGAACAAUUAUUACACUUACAGUGGAAAAGCCACCUCAGAAUCCUCCGGCGCUGCUGAACCCGCGGUGACCCGACGUUGGAUCGAACCGCUCCUUUCAAAAGAAGAAGAUGCGUAUGGCUUGAAUGAGCUUUAUUGCGUGCCUCGUUGCUCUCGCCCACAAUUCGUCGGACGACAGCUGCUGGCGGAUCGAGUGAAAGAACAACUCGGGCAGGCGAGCGGUGGCGAGCACAGGAUUGUCGCUCUCUACGGAUUAGGAGGUUCUGGCAAAACUCAGUUCUGCCUAAGAUACGCGGAAAGCAAUCGAGCAAGUUACUGGGGCGUUUUCUGGAUCGAUGCCAGUACCCGCGAGAACGCUGAAGCCGGCUUCGCGCUGCUAGGGCUACAAGCAGGCAAAGGGUCGACCUUUGCGGCCGGCAAGUACUGGCUAUCUCAGUCUCCCAAGCCAUGGCUGCUGGUUCUUGACAAUGCAGAUGAUCCCGACCUGGACAUUUCAGAGUUCAUCCCGGCCGGGGCGCAUGGGCAUGUCCUUAUCACGACGCGGAAUCCGAACGUGGCAAUCUAUGCUACAGCUGGUUCCUUCCGGCUUCAGGGCUUGGACCCGGAGGAAGCUAUAACCCUCCUGCUUAGGUCGGCCUAUCCCAGUGAUCACGCGAGUGAAACGGGCGCGGCGAAACGCAGUCUGGCACAGAGCAUUGCUGCCGAACUAGGCUAUCUCGCUAUAGCAUUGGAUCACGCAGGAGCGACAAUACGCCGCAAGGUCUACACUCUGGAGAAAUAUCUCCACUUUUACCUUGGUUACCGCCAUCGCUUGCUCAGUUCCCCCAAGUCCAUCAGUGCCGACGAGGCGGAUGUCAUCACCACCUGGGAGAUACCUUUCAGAAGGAUCGAGAAGCGGGAAUCUGUCGAGUAUAAAGACGCUGUUGUCUUGAUGCACAUCUUCGCCUUUCUCCAUUUUGAAUCGAUUUCCGAACACAUUUUUCGUGUAUCAUGGGCAGCGAGCGAGAAUAACUCUUCAUCAGAUGUGUUAUUGCCGGAUCUCCUUCGACUCGAUUCGAGUUGUUCUGAUGAAGCGCAGAUACGGCUUAGACGGGCCAUUGGAGUCCUCUGCGACUACUCGAUCAUCGACCAUGACGUGGAGCGCGAAGUAUGCUCCCUACACCCCGUCAUUCACCGAUGGGCUCGGACUAGGUUGUCUGAUGGAGAGCAGCUUGUCAGCUGGCUGGACUGCACCAUCAAGCUUCUCGUCCGAUGCAUCUCGCCCAACCUUGAAGCGUCCGGGCGACGAUUUCGCAGGCAUCUUUUACCUCAUAUUGAAUCAUGCCUGCAGAUGCUCGAAUUCCACACCCCAUCGUUCCCGCAAACGAGGGAAAGGGCAGACCAAAUGGAAAGGUUUGCAUGGGUGUAUGCAGAAAGCGGCGGCUGGAAGUCAGCUCUCGGCCUGCAAACUAAGAUUAUCGAUUACAGAGCUCGCACAUUGGGUAGAACGCACGAAGACUCUCUGAGGGCUCAGCGUAGCCUGUCUCAAAUACACUGGAAUCUCUUCAACGUGCAGGCGGCCCUGGAUAUUCAACACCAAAUUCUCAAGGCACGAUGGUGGUCAAGGCCGUCUAUUGUGUACUGGGCGUCGCCAUGGAUGCCGGAUCACAUCAGCUAUUGUAUCGCACUGGAUGACCUUACCCAGACGCUGUGGCUGGCGGGGCGAAGAGACCUCUCGAAAUGGACAGGCGAGCGCGCCGUGAACGGCCUGUUGAAGAGGAUCGGUCCAGAUGAUCCUCGAACAUUAAAUGCAAUGUUCAACUUGGGUCGUACAUACCUCCAUAUCGGCGACCUGGAGAAGGCGCACAAAUUACUGUCAACAGUGCUACUGAAGAGGAAGAGACUCUUCGGUCAGAACCAUCCGGACACCCUCAUGGCGAGAAACGAGCUCGGAAUGAGUUUCUGUGCGCGUAAAGAGCGUCUCGGUGUGGCGGAACGACUGGUGACAAAUGUCCACGAAGCACGCAAGCAAGUGCUAGGUGAAGAGCAUGCGUACACUCUGUGGUCGGCGAACGAUGUAUCAAAGGUCCUCUGUGAGCGUGGCCGUCCAUCUCAAGCCAUAGACAUGCUGACAAAGCUGAUCCCGGUCGUCAAGCGAACACUGGGGGAGGAACAUGUCGGGAUGAACAUGACCAAGGGCAAUCUUGCACGAGCAUAUGUGCUGUGCGAGAGAUGGGCUGAGGCCGAAAAGCUCCUCCGCGAAAUGCUCUCUGUCCUCAAGGAUGACCAUCCUGACAGGAUUCAAACCGUGUCCGGGUACAUCCAUGUGCAGAUUCGCUCUGGUCGGCUAGGGGAAGCCGAGAGGAGCUGUACAGAGGCCCUGCGCAAGAUCUCGCAGGAAAAUGGACGCUGCAAGGACGAUCCUCGAGAGGCGGUCGUUGCGAAACAGCUUGCGAGCAUUUACGUCGCCACUGGACGCUCUGACCAACUAUCUGCCCUCACAGCCAAAUUCCCGGCAUUGGAAGGAAUGGAUCUAAAAGAGAUCGAGCACGACUGA